GGGUCCUGGGAUUGAGCCCCAUCAGGCUGUGCACUCAGCAUAGGGCAGGGCAGGCCAGAGGAUCCGGCUUGAGAAUUCUCUCCCUCUCCCUAAUAAAUAAAUCUUAAAAAAAAAAAAAAAGUCUUGCCCUCAGGGAGCCCAUAGUCCCCUGGGAUGCGGUGGGCCUGGGGACAGGCAACCCAGGAGGGAACACAGUGGGAUGACUUCAGCUGCAGGAAGAGCUAUUUGACCUGCAGCCAAACAGUGAGCCCGGGCGGCCCUGAGGCAGCUGGGGACAGUGUCCCGUUGAGAGGGAACAGCGGGUUCAAAGGCCUGGAGGGGGACGCAGCUAAGCAGUGUCAGGACCGGGAAGGCCCGUGAGGCCCAGCGCCGCGCUAGGUGCCCCUAAGUUUAGGCCAGGCGUGGCCUGGCCGCUUCCGGAUUAUUCUGUUCCGGAUCCCGUCGAGGAGGGGCGCCACCUUCCCUCUUUCUGGUGACAAAAGGGACCCAGAGAAGGCCGACGUGCGACCCCAGGCCGCCCCGCGGGCCGGAGCCCUGCUGCGCGCUCGCGUGGAGACCCCAACUCCGCCGCCGACCGCCGGCCACCUGCAGCGCGCGGGCAACUCCCCAGUCGCCCCUUCCCUGCGGCUGUGUGCGGGGAGGGGCCGCCUGGGCCCGCGCGGCCCCGCCCCUCCGCCGAGGUGACGCGACCGGGGGGCGGGGCCUGGGCGCGGCGGCCCGACUGUUUCGGCAGCGGCGGAGGAGCACCGUGCGGCGCCACGAUGGGGGCCCAGCUGAGCACGUUGGGCCAUGUGGUCCUGUCCCCAGUCUGGUUCCUCUACAACCUGCUCAUGAAACUGUUCCAGCGCUCAGCCCCGGCCAUCACCCUCGAGAGCCCGGACAUCAAGUACCCGCUGCGGCUCAUCGACAAGGAGGUGAUCAGCCACGACACCCGGCGGUUCCGCUUCGCCCUGCCGUCACCCCAGCACAUCCUGGGCCUCCCCGUCGGCCAGCACAUCUACCUCUCGGCUCGGAUCGAUGGAAACCUGGUCAUUCGGCCCUACACUCCUGUCUCCAGUGAUGACGACAAGGGCUUUGUGGACUUGGUCAUCAAGGUUUACUUCAAAGACACCCAUCCCAAGUUCCCUGCUGGAGGGAAGAUGUCCCAGUACCUGGAAAACAUGAAGAUUGGCGACACCAUUGAGUUCCGAGGCCCGAACGGGCUGCUGGUCUACCAGGGCAAAGGGAAGUUUGCCAUCCGUCCAGACAAGAAGUCCAACCCCGUCAUCAAGACAGUGAAGUCGGUCGGCAUGAUCGCUGGCGGGACGGGCAUCACCCCGAUGCUGCAGGUGAUCCGCGCCAUCAUGAAAGACCCACAUGACCCCACCGUGUGCCACCUCCUGUUUGCCAACCAGACUGAGAAGGACAUCCUGCUGCGGCCCGAGCUAGAGGAACUGAGGAACGAACAUUCUGCUCGCUUCAAGCUCUGGUACACUGUGGACAAAGCCCCUGAAGCCUGGGACUACAGCCAGGGCUUCGUAAAUGAAGAGAUGAUCCGGGACCACCUUCCGCCCCCGGAGGCGGAGCCGCUGAUACUGAUGUGCGGCCCCCCGCCCAUGAUCCAGUAUGCCUGCCUGCCCAACCUGGACCGCGUGGGCCACCCCAAGGAGCGCUGCUUCGCCUUCUGAGGGCCAGGCCCUGGCUGCUUGCACGCCUGCCCUGCGUACUCACCGUGCCCUGUCCACACCCACUCCUCCUGCCACCGUUCUGUAACAUCACUUCCUUCCCCCACAUCUCAUGCUGUG